AUGGUGGGACUGUAUUCGGAUCGGUUGCCCGACCUGAAUUGGUUCCUAAACAUUGCCGCUUCUCCCGGAUCUCCCACUCUUCUUGCCCCUAAGAAGAAAUCCAUAUCGUUCACUAGGAAGAAACGGAGAUCCUGUCAACCUAUACAACAUGUUAUCGAUUCUACUGGACAAAUCGAUUACAAUGCAACGAAUAUGAAACCGCCAUUGAGCUACGCUCAACUGAUCAUGGAUGCAAUGGCGGAACGCCAAGUGGAUAAAAUUACAUUGUCCGAGAUUUACGAGUAUGCUGCCAGACGAUACGCAUAUUAUAGGAGUUCAAAAGGGCCUUGGAAGAACUCUAUUCGUCACAAUCUCUCUUGCAAUCAACUAUUUAAAAGGAUACCAAGAAAAAACGGUGAAAAAGGAAAAGGAUCCUACUGGACGCUUAAUGAAGCAGGGUUGCACUGUUUCUCCAGUAAGAAAAAUAAAUCAAGAUUUUUGGAAGUCGAGGAAAACGUAUCUAAACCAACAUCUCGCGUGAAUUCAGCUGUUCUUCAAUACAUGGAUUCUCUUCGAAAUCGGCAAAAACCUAUCGCUCCACAUGAUAUCUCCCUAUUUGAUGACUCUAACUCAACCGUCAUUGACGAUCAAGUGCUUGUAAACUAUGAAAACAAUUCACCUGCUGGAUCGUCUGUACAGAUGGAUUUCUCCGAGUCAUCAUUCUCAGAUGUUGGAUUUUCAUCUGAUGAUCAAGGAUUAUCGUCAGAUUACAACUGGCAAAAUGAUUUUAACACCUACGAUCUGGAUGGAUUAGAGGGAGUUCCAUUUGUUGGUCAAUUUGAAGAAUUCCACUGUGAUACCUUUGACAUCGAUCCUAAUACGCCACCACAAUGGCAGGAUGUCGACCAGUACUACAACGAACUUAUGCGAUUAGAGGGCGAGGAACUUUUAUAG